ACAAUCAAGAUGGACCAUGUUGUGCUUAAAAACAGAAGAACAACAUUAGAGAGAUGUGAGAAGUUUAUAUCUGAUGAAUUGUCUUUCUUCAGUGAUGUGAGCCUGUACUGGAAAAUCUACCCAGAGAAGUCCCCACUGAAGUCACUCACACAUUAUUCAGCUCCUGGGAGAAUCACCUAUGAUGAGGCCCUCAAAGGGGUUUACAAGCCUGCGAAAGUCGGCGAGUCUUUUGGCCCAGCUUGGUCAACACACUGGUUCAGGGUGCAGAUAGAAAUCCCGGCUAAAUGGGAAGGGAAGGAGGUGCACCUAUUGUGGAACAGUCACUCUGAGGCUCUAGUCUGGCAGAAGAGCAAAGCUGUAGCGGGUUUGAGCGGUGACAAAGAUCGGAUCAGCUUCACACUCACCAAACAUCUCAAGGCCAAGGAGAGAAGUCAUGAGUUGUACAUUGAGAUGGCAUGUAACACUCUGUUUGGGGCAGGGGACAGUCUAAUAGGACCCCCUGACCCUAAGAAACACUUCACCCUGUCCCAGGCUGAGAUCGCAGUCAGAGAUAACCAGGCCUUCCAACUCUACCUGGACUUUGAGAUUAUCAUUGGCAUGGCCAAGCAUUUAGGAGAGAACAACGAGCGAGGUAAUGAAGCCAUGCUGACAGCCAACAGAAUGGUGAAUCAGGUGGUGGCUAACGGAGGCUCGUAUGAGAAUGCUUUGAAAAUUAGCAAGGCUUUUCUGACCCAGAAAAAUGGAGAGAGUCAACAUGUGGUGUAUGCCGUGGGACAUUGUCACAUUGAUACUGCAUGGCUGUGGCCAUAUGCUGAGACAAUACGGAAGUGUGCCCGUAGCUGGUCUACAACACUUACACUGAUGAAGGAGUACCCAGACUUCAUAUUUGCAUGUUCUCAGGCACAGCAGUAUGAGUGGGUGAAGGAGCACUACCCUGGACUAUACACUGAAAUCAGCAAGAUGGUAAAGACUGGCAGGUUCUUGCCUGUGGGAGGGUGCUGGGUGGAGAUGGAUGGGAACAUGCCAAGUGGAGAGGCCUUUGUCAGACAAUUCCUGUAUGGUCAGAGAUACUUUCAGCAGGAGUUUAACUUCAGGUGUAAAGAGUUCUGGUUACCAGACACAUUUGGUUAUUCCGGUCAGUUACCUCAGAUCAUGAAGUUAUUCGGACUGGAUAGAUUCCUUACCCAGAAAAUCAGCUGGAACCUCAUCAACAAAUUCCCACACAACACGUUUUGGUGGGAGGGUAUAGACGGCAGUCGUGUACUAACUCACUUCCCCCCAGGGGACUGUUAUACCAUGAAGGCACAGGUGGAAGAGAUUCUGAAAACGCGGGAUAACCAUGGCGACAAAGGACGCAGUGCUAAGACCAUGUUUCUGUUUGGUCAUGGAGAUGGAGGUCAAGGACCCUCAGAGGAGAUGCUGGAAAGAUUGAUCAAGAUGAAGGAUGUGGAUGGUACGCCAAAAGUCAAACUAGGCUCCCCAGAUGAGUAUUUCUCUGCAGUGGAGGCCAGUGACCUUCAGAACCUGUGUACCUGGACAGGUGAACUCUACCUAGAGAUGCACAAUGGUACUUACACCUCACAGGCUCAGACCAAGUAUUACAACAGAAAGUGUGAGUUCUGGCUGCACGAUGUGGAGACUAUGGCCUCUAUCGCUGUGAUUCUGGCUGUGCAGAAAAGUUAUGAGUACCCGUCUGCAGAACUCCUGAGACUCUGGAAGCUCCUCUUACUGAAUCAGUUCCAUGAUGUCCUGCCAGGCUCUUCUAUUGCUGAGGUUUAUGAGGAUGCAGUCAGGUAUUACAAAGAUAUUGAAGAGUCGUCCCAUAACCUUAUGUCAGAAGCAAUUGCUGCACUGUCUAAAAGCAAGGGUGAAGAAGCUAGAGUUGUGUUUAACACGCAGGGAUGGGAGAGGCGUGAGGUGAUCACACUGCCCUCUGGUGAGAUGCCUACCUCCCCUGCAAAGAAGAAAGCCAGACGUGAGACCCCUAAUGUAGUGCAGACAGACUGUAAUGGCAAUACCAUAGUAUUGGUGUCUGCUCCCAGCUGCGGACUGGCCCCCGUACAGCCCUGUACACCUGUUAAUCCUGCCAGUGCGUCCAAACAGGCUGGUGGUUUCUGCCUUAAGAAUGGCCUAGUUGAAGCUCUCAUCAACAAAAGCGGUCACAUCACAGAGUUGUAUGUAAGAGGAUCAAAAAGGAAUGCACUAAGCGCUGACCACCCAGGGAAUGUGUUUGUGAUUUAUGAUGACGUUCCCCUGUUCUGGGAUGCGUGGGAUGUGAUGCACUAUCACCUAGAGACCAGAAAAGCUGUGGACAAGCUGGUGAAGCCCGCUACUGUUGUGGAGUCUGGACCUUUACGGGCAGCAUUGCAGGUAUCCUGGAAAAUUAGUGAUAAAAGUUCCAUCAAACAGACUAUUUCUCUGGAUGCUGAUUGCCCAUUUGUCAAGUUUGAAACGCAGGUUGAAUGGCAUGAAAGUCACAAGUUCCUCAAAGUGGAAUUCCCGACCUCUGUGAAAUGUGACAACGCCACCUAUGAUAUCCAGUUUGGUCACUUACAACGUCCUACACACAACAACACUUCCUGGGACAUGGCAAAGUUUGAGGUAUGUAGCCACAAAUGGGCAGAUCUUUCUGAGUACGACUUUGGCGUGUCCAUCCUUAACGACAGCAAGUACGGCUUCUCCACAGCCCGCAAUGUGAUGAGACUGUCUCUAUUGAAGGCCCCUAAGGCUCCAGAUGCUGAUGCAGACAUGGGCACUCAGAGAUUUACAUAUGCUGUCAUGCCGCAUACUGGUAGUUUCCAGUCAGCAGGUGUGAUUCAGCAGAGCUAUAACCUGAAUUGUCCUCUAACUCAAGGGCUUAUUCACUCUGGGGACAGUGUCCUGACUCACCCAGGGGCCUUCUUCAAGAUAGAUACACAACAGGUUGUCCUGGACACCAUCAAGAGGGCUGAAGACAAUGAGAAAGCUUUGGUACUGAGGAUGUUUGAAGCAUUUGGUGGAACGACAACUGCAACUCUUCAUACUAACCUACCAGUGAAAGAAGUCACUAGAUGUGAUGGAUAUGAAGAGGCCAUGACUGAUGAAGAGAAUGAUAUCCUUCAAGUCUCUGGCAAUACUGCCACGAUAACAUUUUCUCCAUUCCAGAUCAUUAGUCUUAUGCUCAAGUUUUAAGAGCUUUCUUGUCCAGAUUGGAUAUAUAAGAAAGUAAUAAGAAGUGCACUAAGUACUUACUACUGUUAUUUUGUCACUAGAAAUUGGUUUUGUACCACGGAAAUAAAAAAUGUACUACAUACAUGUACACUUACUUCUCAUUCGGGGUUUAACACUUAUUUGAAAUUUAAAAGAAAAAAAAAAUUCUGAUCCAAACAGAUAGAUGAGCGAACAGAAAGUUAUACCUCUAUGACUAAAUUCGUGACAACAUCUGGCUGUUCUGACAAUAUAUUUAUAUUAUGUUGAAGGGAAGUGGUUUUAUGAUAGUAUUUUUUUAUCAAGAUGAACUCAUAUUUUGUCCGGCGAAGUUUUAUGGAUAUUCAGCCUUGCUACUGAUGUGUAUUUUUGGAAAUUUACUGACUUCGCGAUUCUUUUGACUAAAACAGAAUGUGUUUUAUAAGUUUAAUUGGAUAUAUUUCAAGUCAUCUUUACCGUGGUAUUUGUCAGUCUAGCGUGUUUAGGGACGUUACCUUUUAUGUAUGCAUUAACAUCAGCUUAAUGCAUUUCAAUGCUAAUCUUACAAGCGCUUCUUAAAAAUUUUAGUGAAU